AUGGGCGGAGUGGUAUACAAAAACGUGCCUCAUCGCAUCCACCGGGGGCCUCCUUUGAAGGGAGGGACUGAGUUCUCCCUAGUACUACCCUCAACAGCCUUAGGCUUCUAUCUAGCGGGGUGCGGAGUUCAUCGAUCUUAUUCUUCGUAUUCGUAUAGCAUUGAUAUACCCGAAGACGCAUUAACCAUAGAGGAGUCCACCAGGGAAGGUUCCAAGACUGCUUACAACGUGCCACCCCCAGGAGAAGCGCCACCAAGCCAGAAGGGAGGUUUGGUGGAGGAAUGGACGAGACAAAUGUGGGCGGACCUCCCGGAAACUGACAAUAAACACUAUGAUGCUCAUCACCCAGACAAUCUUGUGCGGGCGAAAGAUUCAAAAUAA